AUUGCCGAACAAUCUAAAAAGACGCAAGUUUUGCCGCCAGUUGGGUCCACUUUUCACAUUUUAUCUUUCUCUUCGAUUGUGAGGGAGAUAAAGGUUUGCGGGAGCGACAGACAUCAAUGGCGAACCCUAGAGUCAAGAUGAAAAAUGCGAAGAUAAUACUGGGUUCUUCUUCAAUGGCUCGUCGGAAAAUCUUAGCAGAGAUGGGAUAUGAUUUUACAAUCAUGACUGCAGAUAUUGAUGAAAAGAGCAUUAGGAAGGAAAAACCAGAGGAUCUAGUAGUGGCUCUAGCUGAGGCAAAGGCUGAUGCACUCAUUUCAAGGCUUGGAAUUGCAGGACAUAAGGAGGAAAACGCACGUCCCACACUGCUAAUUACAGCAGACACAGUGGUUGUGUAUGAAGGAACGAUCCGUGAAAAACCAUCGAGCAAGGAAGAAGCACGCCAUUUUGUCAAAGGUUAUUCAGGCGGUUGUGCUAUUGUUGUGGGAUCAGUAGUAGUAACUAACCUUACCACAGGGAUCAAGAAACGAGGAUGGGAUAGGUCGGAGGUCUAUUUUCAUGAUAUACCAGAUGAGGCCAUUGAUAAGCUGGUAGAUGAAGGGGUGACACUUAAUGUUGCCGGAGGAUUGAUGCUUGAACAUCCACUAACUGCUCCUUUUGUUGACACUGUGAUUGGAACUUCUGAUGGUGUUAUGGGACUCUCUAAAUCUCUCACCCAAAAGCUAAUUGAGGAAUCUCUUGAGUCUUCAUAGCACAAAGUCAUUCCAGGGCAUGAUGAUGAGCAUGUGUCUGAAGAAUCGACAAAUUUUGUGAGGGACAUAAGAGAUCCGGAGCAUCCUUAUUCGUUGGAACAGCUGAGUGUUCUAUCGGAGGAAUCUAUCACCGUCGACGAGAAGCUCGGCCGAAUACUGAUAAGUUUCACCCCAACCAUUCAGCACUGCAGUAUGGCAACAGUAAUUGGUUUAUGCUUGAGGGUUAAACUCAAGGAUUGUUUCCCUCCACAUUUUAAGGUAGACAUCAAAGUAGCUCCUGGAUCACAUGCAGAUGAAGCAGCAGUUAACAAGCAGUUGAAUGACAAGGAAAGGAUUGUGGCUGCCAUGGAGAACCCUAACCUUCGACACCUUGUUGACGAGUGCCUUCACUCAAGUGAGCUUUAGUCUGUUGUACAGUAAGCUUACUUGGUGGUACAAUGGUAGUCCGUCUGUAUUUUGUUUUUUUUUUUGUAUAAUAUUCUCUUUUUGGAAAAAAAUUUAGUAAUAAAUAUAUUUUUCAUGAUAGGGUAAUGUUGUAUCUGGUAUUCAAAAAAGAAUGGGUCUUGUUCAUGGUGACUUGUUUAUGUUUAAACUAAUACAAAAAUCAAG